GCCUGCGGUCGCAUUGAGUAAUAGUAUUUGUAUAUUUAUUAAAUAUGUCGGACAAUACGACGAAGUUUUUUAGAGGAAUCCUCGAUGAUAUCAGAAGCUGCUCUACGUAUUCACAAUUGUUUAUUGGCGUUGCGUCAGGCUGGGCAACUGGAUUUACAACUAUGAAAGUUGGAAAGUUCGCAGCCUUUGCUAUUGGUGGCAGUAUCAUUUUAAUGGAAAUUGCUCACCAAGAAGGUUAUAUAAAAAUCGACUGGAGAAAACUAAAUAAGAGUGUUGAUUCAGUUACUGAUAAAGUCGAAUAUGCUGUAUCCAAAAAAGAAAAAAAUUGGGCGGAUAAGGCGGAAAGAUUUGUGGACCGUAAACUUGAUGAAGCAGAAAGCCUGUUGCAAUCCAAAACCAGUAAAGCAAAGAAAUGGUACACCAAAUUAAUUGGGGAUGAUAAUGGACCGAAAAUAAACGACCUCCACAUUUUCUUAACCGGAUUUGUGGGCGGUGUUGCUUUGGGAGUGGCUACAGCAUAAACUUAUGUACUAUAUGCUAUCAAUACAAUUUCAAGAAAAGCGUGAGAUGUCUCACAAGUAAAUCUUAAUAAAAUAUAUACUGUUUCGAAUAA